AUGAGUGAAGGUCACUUACGCGAGAAUGGGAUCAACAACAUUCGUUCGCUCUCCUCCGUCUUGCAGACACCGAAGUUGCCUUACACUUUCCCCUUCAGUACGCAUGAGAUGGAUACGCAUUUAUCGUGCAUCGUUACCAGUCAAGGAAAGAGCUUCUUGUCAAUCGAUGUUCAGGUUCCAUGGCAAGGCACUUCAAGUGAAGUGUUUGGCAAUGUUACUCGUGACUCUCCUACAUCCGCAUCACUUGCUGCUAUUCGUGAGUACCUCUCCAACGUUCAGCAACUUGCAGGGUCUUCAUCGCAAUUCACGAUUUCCAAUGAUAUCUCUGAGAAGAUUCAAGAUGAUUUUGUGAUUAUCCGAAAAGCAAAUCAAGCCGCCACUUCUGCCACCUCUACCGACACCCAAACAGCUUUGGUUACGAUCAUGGAUACCCCCAGAUGGCCAGAUUGA